UUCAUCAGUGGAAAAUGUUUUAAAACAUCAAAUGUGCUAAAAGUUCAUCGGAGAACACACACAGGAGAGAAGCCUUUCUUCUGCUCUGACUGUGGGGCGAGUUUCUCUCAUCUGGGCACCUUAAAAAUACACCAACUUAUACACACCGGAGAGAAGCCUUACGUCUGCUCUGACUGUGGAAAAUGCUUCAAAACAUCAGCUGAGCUAAAAGUUCAUCAGAGAACACACACAGGAGAGAAGCCGUAUUACUGCUCUGACUGUGGAACUAGUUUCUCUAAAUUUUCCCACUUAAAAACACAUGAACGAAUACAUACAGGAGAGAAGCCUUACGUCUGCUCUGACUGUGGGGCGAGUUUCUCUCAUCUGGGCACCUUAAAAACACACCAACGUAUACACACAGGAGAGAAGCCUUACAUCUGCUCUGAUUGUGGAACUAGUUUCUCUCAACUUUCCCACUUAAAAACACAUGAACGUAUACACACAGGAGAGAAACCUUACGUCUGCUCUGACUGUGGAAAAUGCUUCACAACAUCAACUCAUCUAAAAGUUCAUCAGAGAACACACACAGGAGAGAAGCCUUAUUACUGCUCUAAAUGUGGAAAACGUUUUAAAACAUCAAAUGAGCUAAAAGUUCAUCAGAGAACACACACAGGAGAGAAGCCUUAUUACUGCUCUGACUGUGGAAAACGUUUUAAAACAUCAACUCAGCUAGAAGUUCAUCAGAAGACUCACACAUGAGAGAAGCCUGCUUACGUCUUCUCUGAUUAUUGGGUGAGUUUCUCUCACCAUAGCAACUUAACACACCAAUGUAUACACACAGGGGAGAAGCCUUACUCCUACUCUGUGGAGGGGUGGGAGUGUAAGUCAAACGUCUAGCCAAAGGCUGCGUGUUUGAAUCUCAUCAAGGAGGACUUAAGCAUUUUAGCUAAUUAGCAACUUUGAUAUUUUUUUACUUAUGUCAGCAUGUUAGCUUAGCAUGCAACUACUUAGCAUGUUAGCUAAUCUUUCCCCUGAACCAAAACUCUACCUUAAACCCCUCACCCCUAACCUAGCUAACGUUAGCAACAACACAUUGGAAUUCGUAACAUAUCAUACAUAUUACAAGUUCGUAACAUAUUGUAUGAAUAGCAAUGCGUAACAUAACAUAUGAAUUGUAAUUCUUAACAUCUGAUAUGUCCUACAAGUCGUAUUAUACUGAACAACAAUCUAAACGCAACAAUUUCAAAGAUUUACAGUUUUUAUAAGGAAAUCAUUCAAUUGAAAUAAAUGAGGCCCUAAUCUAUGGAUUUCACAUGACUGGGCAGGGGCUCGGCCAUGGGUGGGACUUGGAAGGGCAAAGGCCCACUUGGGACCCAGGCCCAGCCAAUCAGCAUGAGUUUUCCCCCAGAAAAGGUCUUUAUUCCAGACAGAAAUACUACUCAGCCCCCCUCAGACAGAAGGUCCAGGGCUGCCGUGGUUACAUGUGAUCUGCAGUUGUGAGGCCGGUUGG